GAAUGUGGUGGAUUUGUCCUCUAGCAAUUUAAUUUUUUAAAAAAAAAUAUUCUGAAGCAGAAUGUGAGUGAUAUCCGUAACUUCGUAGCCUCCAUUUCUGGCAGAGUCUUGAUUCUCGCUGCUUCAUUGGUGGGAGAACAGGAAGAAGUUCUUGUUUACAUAGAUUUAACUUGACAUAAUGGAUCUUCUUCCUCCAUACAUGAUCGAUAUCACCCUCGGCCUUGGCCUUGCUGCUAUAAUUCUCUUUUACUACUAUAUCCUAAGGCGGUCCAAAUUUGCCGAGGCCAAAACAGCUCCGGAGGCUGGCGGUGCAUGGCCUAUUAUAGGUCACAUCUCUUUGUUGGCAGGACGUAAUCAGCUUCCCCACAUAACAUUAGCAGCCUUAGCUGAUAAAUAUGGACCGAUCUUCACCGUCAGGAUUGGGAUAUACCCAGCUUUGGUGGUUAAUACUUGGGAGUUGGCUAAGGAAAUAUUUACCACCAACGAUGCUGCUGUUUGGCACCGCCCCAAAUUCACAGGUCCAAAACUUCUGGGCUACAAUUAUACCAAUUUCGGAUUCACCCCUGACUUUGAGUACUGGCGCGAGAUUCGCAAGUUAACGGCUUCAGAGCUACUCUCCAACCGCAGGCUUCAGCUACUAAAACAUAUUAGAGCCUCGGAGGUGCAGGGCUCGAUAAAGAGUACGUACAAGUUCUGGACAAAAUACAAAGAUGAGACAAACCGAGUCAAGGUCGACAUGCAGAGGUGCUUUAAUGACAUAAACAUGAACGUGAUUCUCAGGAUGGUUGCAGGAAAGAUAUACUUUGGUGAAAAUUCUGGAGGCGACGAAGGGAAGGCCCGGCCAUUCCAGGCGGCGAUGAGGGAUUUCUUUCGCUUGUCAGGGCUGUUUGUAGCAAGGGAUGCUUUUCCAUUUCUUGGGUGGAUGGAUUUAGGUGGAUAUGAGAAGGCCAUGAAGAGAACUGCCAAGGAAUUUGACAGUAUCCUUGAAGAAUGGUUAGAGGAGCAUCGCAGGAAGAGAGACACUGGCCAAGUUUCUAACACAGAGCAAGACUUUAUGGACGUCUUGCUUUCGGUUCUUGAUGGCACCGAUCUUCCUGGUUAUGAUAUUCAUACUGUUAUAAAAUCCACAGCCAUGUCCACGUCUGUUUUGCAGGCUAUUAUUGCAGGGGGUACUGAUACCACAACUGUUACAGUAACAUGGGGACUAGCUCUAUUGUUGAACAAUCCGAUUGCACUGAGGAAGGCCCAAGAAGAACUGGACAUUCAAGUUGGCAAAGAAAGACUGGCGAAUGAAUCCGACAUAGACAAGCUGGUAUAUCUUCAGGCAAUAGUUAAGGAAACUUUGAGGUUGUACCCUGCUGGUCCAUUGUCAGGACGAAGGGAACUCUCCGAGGAUUGCAGCAUCGGCGGCUACCAUGUCCCUGCAGGAACCCGCCUGAUAGUCAACAGUUACAAGAUUCAAAGGGAUCCGAGGGUGUGGUCAAAUCCAAUGGAAUUUGAGCCAGAGAGAUUUCUGAACAAACACAAGGAAAUUGACGUUAAAGGUCAGAAUUUUGAGCUGAUUCCAUUUGGUGCUGGUAGGAGAUCAUGCCCUGGGAUAAAUUUUGGAAUUCUGAUGGUUCAUUUAGCUUUGGCAAGUUUCUUGCAAGCAUUUGAGAUGUCAACCCCAUCAAAUUCACCAGUUGAUAUGGCUGAGAGUGCUGGAUUAACAAAUAGCAAAGCCACCCCUCUUGAAGUUAUGUUCAAACCUCGCUUGUCUGCUUGUCUCUAUGAUUAAUUAAACAUUAAGGUAUUUGCAUUUAUAUUAUUGAAACCUUAGUUUUAAAAUGAUGUCUGCUUGUAACGCUGAAUAUUUCCAAUUUCCAUAGAAGGAUGAUCACAGUUACUGUAAAUUAAUUAGUUCUAUUC